UUUACAAUUUGGUUGGUGUCAAAAUUCGAAAAGAAAAAAAAAAAAAAAAACGACACGAAAGAGUCGAAAAACGACAUGUCGUCGUGGUUGGAGGAGGCGGAGAUGGAGUACAGAGCGGACGUGGACGACGCGUGGUACAGCGUGAGGGUGGUGGCGGAGGAAAACGGCGACGUAUUGAGGGUGAAGUUCUGUGGGUUCUCGGAGGAGUGCGACAAGGUUCUGAGAGGAAGCGAGUUGAAAAGCAAGAGAGACAUUCACAACUUGAGCGAGCGCUUCAGACCCAUUUCCGUACAGCUCCAAGACUCUGAUUGCUCUAAAGUCUCCGUAGGCGACAUCGUUUGCGCCUCCUUUGCUUUCCGUGAAGACGAUAUUCGCUUCUAUGAUGCUCUCGUUGAUGGGGUUGAAAAUCAUGCGCAUGCUCGUAAAGAAGGAGGAGAAGAGGAGUGCUUAUGUAACUUUUUCCUCAUAUGGAUGCAUGGUCCAAAUGCUGAAAACUUGUCUUCUACUACUAUUGAAAACAUUUGUCAAGUCCAGUCAUGUAAACAAAUAGAUCCCAAGUUGGAUUGUUUUCUUAAAAGAGCUGGGGAGAGAUUUGUAAUGACAUCUGACCCUGAUUUGAUUUCUAAAGGAGACAGUAGCCCAAACGUCAAGCUCAAGCGAAGUUUUCCUCAAUUUGCCAACCAGGACACAAGGUGUGCCAAGCGGUCUGUGAGUAAAAUCUGCUCAUCUGAAGCAGAGAGGAUUGGCAGUCAUUCAGAUAGUAGUAUACUGGAUAUGGAUUUUGGGGGUGGUGGAAAUGAGUAUGUGAUACUACUUGAGAAUCUGGAUAAAGGAUCGUCUCCCUCAAUGAUUGCAGAGUUCAUACAAAGAGCAACUUCUGUAUCACCUGAAGUUUACAUUUUCCCAAAUAUUUCUUCAGAGAAAUCAACACGGGGAGUGCUUUCAUUGGAUAGUAAAAAGGAAUUUCAAAAGUUAAUUGAUUUCCUGGAUAGUCCCAAGCACAUCAUCAUGUCGUCAGGGGGAAGGCCAUGGGUGAUAGUUGAGAAAAUGACAAGGCAUAAUCCACUGAGAGCUUCGACUGGGAUCCAAUCUCAGAGAACAUUACAGAAUAUGAGCUUUGGAAGUAGCAAAGGAAUAAAGGUUGUCCAUGUUGGAACUGAAGAACACAAGAUGGCUAAGCUGCUAAAGGAUUUAUAUGUGGAAUUUUUUAAUCAUCAAAAGCGACUGCGUGAGAAGCUAGAUUUGGAUGUUGAAAAUAUCUUACUGCUACAUCAAGCAUUGUAACUGCUGAGCUAAAAUUCAGUUUUUUGUUCAUAUGCUUAGGGUUAGGCUGGCAUCAAUGUAAAUGAGUCACUUAGUUUGUCAUGCACCAUCUCUUAUGCACAUGUAGUUGCCUUCGGACUCCAAUGUACUUGUUCACAAAUGGGGUUUUUGGCGUACAAAUUUUUGAAACUAAAUGUACUCAGCAAUUUUCUAUCCAAAGAUGUGCAUUGAUA